AACAUUCCCAUGAUGCACCACUACCACAAGUUUUGAGAAGACAAAAUGGCAGGAGUUGGGGUGAAUGUGAUGUUAUUGGUCCAAACUUUACUUUACGCUGCCUGCGGUAUCGCCAGCUUAGCCACGUCUAUUCCAACCGGUAUUGAAGAGGCCAACUUUGGAUCCAAUUGUAUCUUGUAUGGCAGCUUGAAAUGGAAAAAUGAAACGGCAAAAACAUUUGAAGUGGCAAGCUUUGGUUCUCCCAGUUCCUGCCAUUUUUGUAUCUACCUGAGUGUGUUUACCCUGUUCUAUGGACUGCUGGCUGCGGGUUACCAUGGCUAUGCCCUCUACAAACAGAUAGACCCGGCAGAGAUGUGGGUGAUGCCAGUCAUCCUGUGCAAUGCAGGCCUGAUGGCCCUGGUCUUCAUCGCUGCCUGUGUCAUGUCAGUGGGGUUCACCAUGUGGUGUACCUCUCUCAGCAGCUUAGGGUUCAAAUGUGUGGAUGCACCAACUUUGGACUGGGGAACGUACAAUGGUUCAACAUUUUAUACACACCUGGCAGCUGCACAGGGUGCCUUCUGGGUGACUUUCCUGAUGUGGGGUGGCAAUCUGGGGAUGUCCCUCUGGAGAUGGAGGCUAAACAGAAGAGCCCGGUCACAGGCGCAGAUGCCUGCCACGGUGUCGGACAAGGCCCCUAUCACAGACCAUCCUGAAUACGACCCCAGCGCCAGCAGAGUCAUCUAACUGGAGAUGAUGGCAGAAAUAGUGAUCUCUCUCAAUCUGGAUCAAAGCUCUUUCAACUGACAUCGUUUAUGGAUGCUAGGACGUAGGAGUUUUCUUUCACACAACCAGUUAUUCUCACCUUGCUGACGUUUUGAUGUCUGUCAGACAUUUUCCUCAGAGCUUCUAACUGAAGUUCUGUGUCUUGCCGCUACAUGUAGCCGAUGUAGGUGGCGCUUUUGAGGUGAGAACACAAUCGUAAAAGUGGCUGAGUUUGUAUGUCAGCAAGGUGAGAAUAACUGGUUGUGUAAAAGAAAACUCCAAGGUCCUAUGAUCUACCAACCUGAUGAAAUCAUUUUUGGAAAGAUUUUUGGAUGCUCUAUGCGUUAUUAGUCAGUUAAAAAAAAUCUACUAUGGAUUAUCUGUAAUCGACAAGAUUGGCAGGUAGAAACCAAUUACAUUGUUGUACUAUGUAUGAUCUUAAUAAAUGUACCACCACUAUUACUACCUUGCCAUGAACCACUUAUGGACUGUACAGUCCCCAUAAAACUGAUUUUUUUCCUAAAUCAAUGUAAAUAGCAAACUCAGAUGAUUUGUUUAAUGGAAAAAUCCUAUCAUUUACCACUUUUUUUUUUAUUUUCACAUUUGAACAUCACCUAUAAAUGUAUAUUUUUUUGUAGCUAGGUUGUAGUGUACAAAAAGUACAUAGUCUGAGACUAUAGCUUGGUUCUAUUGUAAUGAAAACUAUGUUGUAGAAAGGUAGAAAACAUUUCUAUCUUGGUAUGUAUGGUUUGGCAGAAGAAACCAACUGCAAUGGAGAAUAUCCAAAACAAUUUACUUAUGAUAAUUGUAAAUAAAAUAAUUGUAAGAAGACAACUUUAUAUGAAAAUCAUAUGUUUAUGUAUAUACUUCAAAUGUCACUAAUGUGACCAGUGUGUAAUACCAUACUUACUUACUUGAUGAGGUAUGCUCAACUGUAUGUAGAGUGGUCUGCAUCAAGGUAAUGUCAUCUCCACACCAUCCAGUGCCAUCCCUGGGGACUAGUCUCUACCAGACUCCCGGUCGCUGGAAAACCGUAGAAAUGGAACAAAUCGAGGAGUAAGCCAUUUCUACCGUUUUCCAGUGACCCGGAGUCUGGUUGAGACUACCUGGGGACCCUGGGCUAUCACUUCCGGGUCUUCCAGCUUCCAUUUUUUUUAAAUAUUUUUAUUUUUGAGCCUAUGAUCCCUCAUUGACUACAUUUCUUUUUCAUCAUGUGUGUGAUGUGUACAUCACACCAAUUAUGUAAUUUUGGAAUAAAUAGAGACAUGUACAAUUUA